GCAGCAACAGCGCUACCAGCCGGCAGGAAAGAAUGCUCCUAGCAACCUUUAAGCUGUGUGCUGGGAGCUCCUACAGACACAUGCGCAACAUGAAGGGGCUGAGGCAACAAGCUAUGCAGGCCAUUGGCCAGGAGCUGAACCGGAGGGCACUGGGGGGCCCGACCCCGAGUGCAUGGAUUAACCAGGUCCGGCGGCGGAGCUCUCUGCUCGGUUCUCGACUGGAAGACACUCUCUAUAGCGACCAGGAGCUAGCCUAUAUCCGCCAGGGAGAGGAGGCCAUGCAGAAGGCCCUGGGCAUCCUCAGCAGCCAGGAGGGCUGGAAGAAGGAGAACCAGCAGACCAAUGGGGACAAAGUGCUGAGUAAAAUGGUCCCAGAUGUGGGCAAGGUAUUCCGGCUGGAGGUGGUGGUGGACCAGCCCAUGGAGAGGCUUUACGAGGAGCUUGUGGAACGCAUGGAGGCAAUGGGAGAGUGGAACCCGAAUGUCAAGGAGAUCAAGGUCCUGCAGAAGAUUGGGAAAGACACAGUGAUCACCCAUGAGUUGGCUGCAGAAUCAGCAGGGAACCUCGUGGGGCCCCGUGACUUUGUGAGUGUGCGUUGUGCCAAGCGCCGCGGCUCCACCUGCGUGCUGGCUGGCAUGGCCACGCAUUUUGGGGAGAUGCCUGAGCAGAAAGGUGUGAUCAGGGCUGAACAUGGUCCCACUUGCAUGGUGCUCCAUCCCCUGGCUGGAAGUCCCUCGAAGACCAAACUCACUUGGCUACUCAGCAUCGACCUCAAGGGAUGGCUGCCAAAGACUAUCAUCAACCAGGUCCUAUCACAGACCCAGAUGGACUUUGCCAACCACCUGCGCAAACACCUGGAGUCCAGUCCUUCUCCUGAGGCCAGGUGUUGAAGACCAGCGUGUUGCUUCCAGCUGUUCUAGCUGCACUGGCUUGCAUGCUCAUCAGGAAAAUCCCUCCCGGAGGCCUACAAGUCUGCUUGAAAUCUUCAUCUGGGGACAGUGGGUUGGGGUGACAAUGUAUUUACAUUAUGAUACGAGGACUCAAAGAUUGGUAAAAUUUUAGCACCAAGAAAAUAGGUGUGGGGCUCUCAAACAGAGGAUGAGCCUUCUAACUUCAUUCACUGCUUAGCUGUGAAGUGAAAGUUGAGUCCCAAAAUAUCUGCAAAACUUUUCUCUGGGCCCUUACAUGUCUACCUAAAAACAUCUCAGAUGCUACUAGCUGGCAGAAGGUGCUAAACAUAAGGAUUGGGACCUCGUGCUCUAUGGGCUCUAGAGACCCACCCCCUGCAGGCAGUGUGUGGGCAUAGCAGGGUCUUACAGGAGGGGCUCCAGCAACUCUGCCCCUCCACCAAGCAAGCAGACAGCUGCAUGCACCGAAGUGCAAGCUACUCCCCCACAGGUGCCUUCCAGAGACCUACUUCAAGUUUGCUUAAUGAAAAACUACAAAACU